CCACAAUCGAUAUUUAUUUCAAUAUAAUUUACUUGUUGCUUUGUCUUUGUUGCUAAAUAUCUUUGGAAAUUUUUUCAUUAUUCAAGUUGAUUUCAUUAAAAUCUAUUUCCUGGGUAUUUUUAAAAUAAAAAUGAUAUUGAAAAAUAUUCAUUGGAAAUUUAUCACAAAUAUAUCCAAUGUUUUCAAUGAAAAACUUAUUUAUACAAAAUAUUUUCCAUAUGCAAUUCGUUCGUAUGCGAAAAAAAUUCCAAAUGGUUUCAGACCAUUUCGCGUCACCGAUAAUGACACGUUUUGUCGAACAACAAAAUUCAAUCGAUCAAAUCGAUUAAUUGUAUUAAGUGAAGAAUUGUAUGAAGCUCGUACUAAUAAUGAACCAAUUGUGGCAUUAGAAUCGACAAUUAUAACUCAUGGAAUGCCAUAUCCACAUAAUUUACAAACUGCAAAAAAUGUGGAAUCAAUAAUCAGAAAUAAUGGAGCUAUACCAGCUACAAUCGGUGUUAUUGAUGGUAUCAUUUUCAUUGGAUUACAAUCAGAACAAUUAGAAUGGCUAGCUAAAAGAGGAUAUGAAGGACCAAAAUUACAGACUGAUCGAUUGAGUAAAAUUUCUCAAGGCGAUCUGGCAGCUAUUUGUCAAAUGAAAGGAAGUGGUGGAACAACAGUAUCAUCUACAGCAUAUUUAGCUAAUAUGGUUGGUAUACGUGUGUUUGUUACCGGUGGUAUUGGUGGUGUGCAUCGUGGUGCUGAAAUUUCCAUGGAUAUCAGUACUGAUCUAAUGGAAUUAUCACGUACACCAAUUUGUGUCGUAUCGGCCGGUAUAAAAUCAAUAUUAGAUGUGGAAAAAUCUCUUGAAGUUCUUGAAACAAAUGGUGUAUGUGUAGCUGUUUUUGAUGGUGAUCAAACCGAUGAUACUAAUCGUGUAGAAUUUCCAGCAUUCUAUACACCAAAUAGUGGCCAUUUUGUUAACUAUAAUUUUUUGACCGCCAAAUCAAUUGCUGAAUUAAUCGAUACACGUGAUGAAAUUGGUCUUAAAAUGGCGAUACUAUUGGCCGUACCUAAUCGAACAGCCAAAGCUAAUGAAUAUCAACGACAAUUUGAUGAUGCAUUAAAACAGGCUUUGGAAAAAGCACGACAAGAAAAAAUCAAAGGAAAAAUGGUGACACCAUUUCUAUUAUCAAAAAUGUCGCAAUUGACCAAUGAACAAACAUUAAAAUUGAAUCAAAAUCUAAUUGAAAAUAAUGCCAAUGUUGGUGCGGCCAUUGCUAUCGAAUAUAGCAAACUGAUGGCCUGUCGACAACAAACAUUGUCUUUUUCAUCAUCAAAUGUCAAUGACCAAAGCAAAGAUAAUAAGAACGAUUAUUAUCACAUUAGUAGAUUCGAUUCGAAAAAACCGCCCAUUGUUAUCGGUGGUUCGGUUUAUGAUAUAAUUACCAAAAUAAAUUCAUCAAAUAUUCAGUUGAAUGGUUCAACAUAUGAUGGAUCAGUGGCUGCAACAUUAGGCGGUGUUGGUCGUAAUAUUGCCGAAUCUAUACAACGUUUACAACAGCCAUGUUUACUUAUCACAGCUGUUGGCCAUGAUCAACCGGGUCAGAUGAUUAUUUCUUCAGUUGCUUCUGCUAUCAAUAAUCAGGAUAUGACUAAUGGCAUACGUUUGUUGGAACAAUUACCUACAUCAUCAUGUACGGUAAUCAUCGAUAAUGAUGGUGAAUGUCGUUUGAUUGUUGGAGAUUUUCGUGCGAAUCAAUGUAUUGAUAAAAAUUUCGUAUUUCGAUUUGAAACAGAAUUGAAACAAGCACCUAUCGUAAUAACUGAUGCAAAUCUACCCACUGAAACAAUGAAUUAUGUUUGUCAACAAUGUCGAUUGUCUAAAAUUCCGGUCUGGUUCGAGCCAACUGAUUUGAAUUUAAUUGAUAAAUUGUUUCAAAUUAAUGGAGAAAAUUUUGAUGCCAUCAAAUUUUUAUCACCAAAUUUUAAUGAAUUACAAGCCAUUUAUGAAAUUUUAACAAGUGGUCAUCGAAAAGAUUCAUCGAUUUCACGAGAUAAAUUAUCAAGUGCCGAGUUGAUCGAAGUUGUAAAUGAAUAUGGUAGUGAAUUAUUUCGUCAUCUUUCCGGUCUACAUUCAAUCAUUGUUACUGUGGAUAAACAUGGUAUUAUCUAUGUUGGUCCUGAUGAUGCAUUAGAUAGUAAAAUGGUUUUGGGACCAUGUUCAAAUCUCUUUAAUAAUAAUGAAAAGGUGCCCAUUAAAUCAGUACACAUGAUGCAAGAAAAUGUAGCCAAUGUUGUAAAUGUUUCUGGAGCUGGCGAUUGUCUUGUUGGAGCUACAGUCUAUGGAUGGUUAAAUCAAAUGACAUAUCGAGAUUCACUUCGAUUCGGCCUGAAAGCUGCACGAUUGUCUGUCGGAACAUUCGAAACUGUACCGAAAAAUCUUCAUACAAUCAUUUCCAAAACAUAUUGAGACCAAAGACAAAAUGAACAUUCCAAUAUUAUGUCGAGAAUCUAUAGAUAUAUAAAAU